GAGCCGCCAGAAGGCGGCGCGUCGAUGGCGUCGAGGCGGUGCAGACCUAAAGUCGGACACCGGUCGUCACCGGCCGGAGCCGCGUCGCGCCGAGCUCCACGGCCUUCUCGAUCAAUAACGAAGUGCGCUUCUUUUUUAUCGGAGCGAAGAAGAGCUCCAGAGGCGUAGCUGGCGUGGGCUCCCGCGUCCGUUCUUUCGCGACGACGCGGUCGUCUUCAUAUGAGGCGAGCCACUCCCCCAUACCACCAUCAAACACGCGGAGCUCGUCGCCCCGUCGCAACCGCAGCACCUUGCCCAGCUUGCGCCGCUGGGCCGCGUCGAGGGGCCAGCUCGUCUCGCCCGCUAUUACUGGUGUCGCCGUCGGGAGCCAGAGGCGCGGCAGCUUCGUCGCCUUGUCUUGGGGCCCCCAUGCGGUUGUUUGCAGCAGCAGUAUCGCGGCGAUGAGUUUAUGCAUGGUCGCGUCGAUGGCGUGGUGCUCUCACAGGGUGAUUGCUUUGGCAGUGCUCCUGAUCAGCCGCACGACUGGUUCUUUCGGCACAGCAGCGUGCCGUACGACUGCUGCGCGUGUUGUACAGAGAGAUUAGCCCGCGUCUGCGCGUUUGCGGCGAUUUUGCGCGUAAACCCGUUUUGCUCUCUCAGUGCUGCAGGUGUGCUGCCAACCAGCGAGCACGGGCGGCCAGUAGGAGGGCAACCGGCCAGCCGGCACCGGCCCGCCAGCUGUAAAACCCGCACAAGCCCGCCAGCGCCGGCGGGUGCACCCGGCGGGACCAGCCAGCCGGCAGGCCUGCCAGCUCCUCCAGCCAGCCCAGCGCGCCAGCCGCGGCGGCAGCUCAGCAGCUCAACCAUGGUCGCACGCACGCUGAACGCCGCCCGCGUCUACCUGGGCACGAUGAACUUCGGCUGGGCCCAGGCUUCAAGCGUAUGCGACGCGCCGGUGGCAGCAGAAAUGCUGAAACGCUUCGCAGCUCAUGGAGGCGACCGUCUCGACACGGCGCGCAUCUACGCCAAUGGUAAAGGCGAAUCUCAUGUGCGGGAAGCGAUCGAACGCUCCGGUAUUAGUGACUGGCGGUUAGGCUCGAAGGCGGCACCUUCAUCAGACAAGGGCCUCUCCCCGGAAGGUAUUCACGGCCAGUUCGACGCUUCCAGAAACGCUCUCCAAAUGGACGGAGCCUUAGAUGAAUACUUUUUACAUCAGCCCGACCCCCUCAACUCAUUAGUAGACACUCUGCAGACGGUAGAUGUCCUUGUGGGGAUGAACGUAGUGAGAGAAGUCGGCCUGUCGAAUUUUCACGUCGACGAAGUGAAAAGGGCCUUUGACAUUUGCGACGAGUACGGUCUGGCCUUUCCGACGUUCUAUCAAGGGUUGUACAACCCUCUCAAUAGAUUAGUGGAAGACGACUUACUACCUUUCUUGCGAGAGAAAAAUGUACGCUUCGUGGCCUACAACGGCUUAGCUGCUGGGUUAUUAACCGGCAAGCAUAGGCAAGGUACAGACGUCCUCGCCGGUCGCUGUCCGGGCGGAAAUUCCCCUUAUGCGUCGCGUCGAUGGCGUCGCGUCGAUGGCGUCUCGAAGGUUGCUUCCUACGCAGGCCGGUUCAAGGACAACGCCAACUAUUUGCCGCGCUUCUACACGGACAGCAAUUUCGAAGCCGUCGAAAAGAUCCGCUUGGCCUGCGCCGAGGCCGACAUAUCGAUGGUCGCGGCGACCUAUGCGUGGUUGUUGAAUUAUUCGGCUUUACGUGAGGACGACGGCGUGCUGCUCGGCGCGUCUUCCCUCGAACAAUUGGACGCGUGCCUCGACGCCUGCGCGAACAUCGUGGACCUUCCCGACAAUGUUCGAGACGCCUUCGAGGGGGCCUGGGACCUCACGCGGCCGGACAGCUUCAAGUACUGGCGGUCCUACUCGGCCGACAUGCCGGACCGGGAGACUAGGGACCCGGGCGCGGCCUACGACGCGGCCAAGAAGAAGUAGGCCCCGUCGACGCCGUCGCAGGAGCGCUCAAGUCGCCCAAGAGAGAAUUAAAUGUGUACAUGGUGC